AUUUAUUCUUUGCUUGAGUUACCCCCGAAUCAGUUACCAUUCACUAAAGGGUACUAAUAGAGUUGUGUGUUGUAAAAGACAAAGCAAUUAAUAAUGGCAGAUUGGGGUCCGGUGGUGAUAGCGGUGGUGCUGUUCGUGUUUCUAAGCCCUGGUCUUCUGUUUCAAUUGCCAGGGAGGAACAGAUUGGUGGAGUUUGGGAACAUGCAAACCAGCGGGGUUUCAAUAUUGGUUCACACUAUCAUCUUCUUUGGCCUUAUUACAAUCUUUCUUAUUGCUAUUGGGGUGCAUAUCUACACUGGUUAAAUCACCGCAACUCUUUUAUUUAUGGGAAAAAUGUUUGCGUUUUUCAUUUUAUUCCUUUUUGUUAUGGUUUAAAUUUUAUGUUUUUCUUAUAAUUAAUUUAAGAGUAAGUGAUUGUUUUUUCACUUUUUCUCAUACUCAUGGAAUAUUCCUUGUACUUACAUCUUUUUAAAUGUUUAGAUUUCUUCGAGAUUC